AUGGCCGAAAAUGCUAAUACACCAUGGCUUGAUAUACGUGGCAAGACACCCGACGAAAUGCCACGCAAAGCGCCUGUCUACAACUGCGAUCACCAAGUGCACGACAAAAUACUUGGUUCAAUGUUUGGCAUGGCUACGGGUGAUGCCGUCGGAGCAUGCGUCGAGUUCAGACCGCAUAGUUUCAUGGUACAAAAUCCUGUAGAUGACUUACGAGGAGGUGGAACAUGGGGGUUAAACGCGGGUCAAUGGACGGAUGACACGUCGAUGGCUCUAUGCCUGGCUGCCAGUCUCAUUGCCAAACACGGCUUUAAUGCUUAUGAUCAGCUUGUUCGAUACAAAUGGUGGUAUAGGGACGGAUACAUGUCAUCGACCGGCAGGUGUUUUGAUAUCGGGAAAGCGUCGAGUGACUCGAUAGAAGAAUUUGCACGUCGGCAACAAACAUUCGCACAAAACAACGACAUUUCUAAUAAACAUAUUGACUAUCUAUCGGAAAGGGCGGCCGGCAACGGUGCUUUGAUGCGCCUUGCACCUGUACCACUGUUUUUCUGGCGCUCACCACCAGAUGCCAUUAAUUUUGCUGGACAAAGUGCUCUCUUGACUCACGGAGAUAUAAGGGCUGCUGACGCUUGCCGAUACUACGCCGCUCUCAUAUGUGCUGCUCUGCACGGCUAUUCAAAACCAGGUUUAUUGAGCAAAACAUUUUAUCUAGGGCGAUGCAGAGACGGUUGGUUUGGCAAGAAACUAUUGCUUAAUGAAAUUGUUGAAAUUGCUGAAGGUUCAUACAAACAGCCUAGAGGCUAUGACGACGGAAUUCGAGCAGGCGGUUAUAUUCUGAAAGCGUUACAGGCAGCAUUAUGGGCAUUCUGGUGUGAUGGUGAGUCGUUUGAGAAAGGUGUACUGCUUGCAGUUAAUUUAGGAGAUGAUACAGAUACGGUAGCUGCUAUAUAUGGUCAGUUAGCAGGAGCAGUUUACGUGUUAGUAUUGGUUUUAGCAAGGUAA